AUGAGUGCGACCGAUGAAGUUUUAGCAGUCAACACACCAGAAAGCGCUGACAUGAAGCAACUAGAUAUGAAAAAGUCGGCAACCUUUGUAGACUACGACAGCGAAGCGACAGAAACUUCUUUUGAUGCGGGAGGUCCGGAAAACGAAGGAGAGCUGAAACGUGAAAUAAGAGCGCUUACCGUCAGGCUUCUAGAAAAAGAGAUGGAAAUUCAAAAUAUAGUUUCUUCUUCAAAGGCGAAAGAGAAAAAUUUGAAGGAACACCUGCAAACAAGUAUGCAAUUUACUUCCUUGAGACUCGCGAAGGAGCAAAGUCUGACUGAGGGCCAGAGGACCCUUCUGGCCGAGGCCGUUCAGCUGCGCAGAAUCCUUGCCGACUAUCGCCUGGCUAUCACAUUCGAAAGAAAUGAAGUUCAAUCACAUUCGAUGGACGACAUAUUUUUAAUUGGAAGAUCAGACUGUGAACUUCUACAGACAAUUCCCUGGGAACGUCUGACGUUACUGGAUCUGUUAAAAUUUCGCGUUUUUCAGCUGGCUGCGACUGUGCAAGAGUGUAAAAGUGUCUGGCAGGCGAAAGAAGAGGCUUCAACUCAGACAGUGGAGGAAAUUCCAGUGCAAUCGCCUUUGAAUAAGAUACCUUGUCCUGGCUGCGCAAUCCGUGCGGAAUCUGUCGUAGCUGAGGAGUCGCACAUAGCUGCCGCGCCACCCCCGAAAAACGAAAAGGACUGGGCAAUUUCCGGAGAACGUCAACUUUCCCUACUGAAAGCAGACAAUGAAUAUUUAAGCAAGCAGGUGCUACUAGAAGCCAUUGGUUCUGCACAGGCUAAUUGGCAAUUUCUUUUUAUUGGCGAUAAAAACAAAAUGAGAGUCAAGUAA